GGAAGCAUCACGUGAAGCAGCGCCUGCGCAGAAGAGUCACGUGGUGGCUGGGCCCGGGGAAAAUGGCGGCUUCUGGAGAGAGCGGGGCUUCGGCCGGCGGAGGCAGUACGGAGGAGGCGUUUAUGACCUUCUACAGCGAGGUGAAACAAAUAGAGAAAAGAGAUUCAGUUCUAACAUCCAAAAAUCAGAUUGAAAGAUUGACCCGUCCUGGUUCCUCCUACUUCAAUUUGAACCCAUUUGAGGUUCUUCAAAUAGAUCCUGAAGUGACAGAUGAAGAAAUAAAAAAGAGGUUUCGGCAGUUAUCCAUCUUGGUGCAUCCUGACAAAAAUCAAGAUGAUGCUGACAGAGCACAAAAGGCUUUUGAAGCUGUGGACAAAGCUUACAAGUUGCUACUGGAUCAGGAACAAAAGAAGAGGGCCCUGGAUGUAAUUCAGGCAGGAAAAGAAUACGUGGAACACACUGUGAAAGAGCGAAAAAAGCAAUUAAAGAAGGAAGGAAAACCUACAAAUGUAGAGGAGGAUGAUCCAGAGCUGUUCAAACAAGCAGUAUACAAACAGACCAUGAAACUCUUUGCUGAGCUGGAAAUUAAAAGGAAGGAGAGAGAAGCCAAAGAGAUGCAUGAAAGGAAGCGACAAAGGGAAGAAGAAAUUGAAGCUCAAGAAAAAGCCAAACGCGAAAGGGAGUGGCAAAAAAACUUUGAGGAAAGUCGAGAUGGUCGUGUGGACAGCUGGCGAAACUUCCAAGCAAAUACAAAGGGGAAGAAAGAGAAGAAAAAUCGGACCUUCCUGAGACCACCGAAAGUCAAAAUGGAGCAGCGAGAGUGACGCCUGGGCCACAGCCACGGACCUUCCCCCACUGUCUCCCACCUGCUCUGAAGGACUCAUUCUUUCCUCCCAUUUCCCCCCAACAUAGAAUAGUAUUUGCUUUUUAGGCCAUUUUGUUUUCAAAACAAUUUAAUAUCAAUCAGAGUAAUUCUUUUGUACAUUGAAAUGAGGGGCUUGGUUUAAAAAGAAACCUUCCUCCAGCCCUUACCCCUAGGCCAACCAAGAUUGGAAGGUGCCACCACUGGUGCUGCCUUCUCCACCCUGUAACUUAAUGUUUUGUACUUCACUGAAUUGUCAUGGUUAGAGACUUCGUGUAUAGUUUGUGGAAAUCAUCCGAUUAAACAUAUUGCUUAAAAUGGUGUUGCUGUGACUUCAGAUCCAAGCCUGGGCCACCUGGGGAAGCCCCUUUGCCUCACUGUCUCGCUUCUGGGUGUGGCACCCUUCAGAGCCACAGGUCAGACAGGGAAGGCAGUGGGCACACAGAGCAGUUGCUUGACACCCUGACAUCCUGGGGUGUUAGGCAUGUGUUCUUCCGUCUGACUGGCCAGUCUGCGUGGCAUGAAGCUCUGCACCAUCCAGACCUGCUCACUUCCCAAAGAGCUUGCUGUCCUCCAUCUAACACCAUUAUGUCCUAGCCUGUCUGCAUUCAUUAGUGGUUGUAUUCUGUAUGUGUAAUAAAUUUUUAUACCCUAACCA